AUGGCUAUGAUCACUCACGCGCCCAUGCCAGCCUCUACUGGUACUAUGCACCAUGACAUGGACAUGAACAAGGACAUGGGCGGAGGGUGCAAGAUCUCGAUGUUAUGGAACUGGAACGUCAUGGACACAUGCUUCAUAUCAUCUACAUGGCAGAUCACGUCUAAAGGCAUGUUCGCCGGCUCCUGCAUCGGCGUCAUCCUGCUCGUCAUGUCGCUCGAGUUCCUGCGUCGUCUGGGGCAUGAAUUCGACAACCACAUCGCUGGCCGGCCGUCUUUGAUCAGCACUUUCGUCUCUCACCCUGCCCCGGUGGGAUCAAGGGAUGCCGAGAGCGAAGACACCGAAGACCCCCUACCCAAACCAGUUACUCCCGCCUCAGCACCGAGCGGAUGUGUACAUGGACAAGGACAGAGACGAUACUCCCCAACACUCUUGCAGCAUACAGUUCGUUCCUUGCUGCAUAUGAUGCAGUUUGGCGUGGCGUAUUUCGUGAUGCUGCUGGCCAUGUAUUACAAUGGGUAUUUCAUCAUCUGUAUCUUGAUCGGGGCGUUCUUGGGUAGCUUUGCCUUCUCAUGGAAGAGUCAGGAGAGAAGGUGA